CUCAAUUUGUCCGUACUAUGAAACAGAGAUCGAGCGAGGUGAAAACAUAAGUUUUUUCAUAUUGUUGUUAAAGAACAAUAGUUAUAAUAGUUAUUGCUAUAACUUAAGUUAUCUGUAGAUGUAUAGGAACAAAUACAGCUUAAUUUUCAGAAAAUUCUAAUAUGGCUGCAAUAAAUAAAGGUAAAUCUGAAAAAAAGGCGACUCCACGUAACACGCAACGCAAAUCCACAAAAAAAAAUAAAGUUAAGGCCAAGAAAGGAGUAGUAAAAGUUGUUCGAACAACGAGGCCAAAGAGAAGGAAAUAUACAACAUCAGAUGUACAAAAUGCUUUGAAAGCUAUCAAGAAUUGUUCAAUGAGAAAAGCAUCAUUAGUAUUUAAUAUACCCUUAGCUACACUUUCUAGAAAGAAUAAAAAUCCACAAAGUUUGGAAAAGAAACCUGGCACGGGUCCUGUCUUGGGAGUUGAAACUGAAGCUAAAAUUGCUCAAUGGAUUAAGCACAGAGCACAAAAUGGUUUUUCAGUGACCAAGGAUCAGGUACUCGAUGCAGUUGAUUCAUACGUCAAAGCAGAAAAACUGCCAAAUCCAUUCGCCGAAGACAGGCCAGGAAGACAUUGGUUUGAAGCUUUUAAAAAACGUCAAGGUGUUUUAACCAUUCGCAAAGCCCAACAGCUCAGUCACACCAGAGCUGAAGUGACUCAGGAAGAUUUAAAAGAAUGGUUUAUUUCUGUGGAAAAGUUCUUGGCAUCAAAAGACAUCAUGCACUUGGAUCCAAGUCGAGUUUUUAACUGCGACGAAACCAGUUUAAAGUACAGCUAGAGAAAGAACAGAAAAAGGAGAUUAUUGAAAAUAAAAUGUCAGAAAAAAAAAUUGCAGGCAGAUAAAAAAGAAAUUGGUAAAAGGAAAAUUCCUUUCCUAGAGGAAAUAAAAACCAUUGAAUUUAAAAUUUUGAGAGCCAAUCCGGAAGAAAUCAAUUCACUAAACUUAAUUAUUAAA